CAAAACCGUAUUUAUUGUUAAUGCCAAUUUAAAUUGUGAUGAAAAGGUUAAGAUGCCAAAUUUAAAAAAAUAAUUUUUAAAUGCUUUUCGACGUUUUCGUAAUAUUUUCGUUCAUCAUUCGUAAAUAAUUUUCAUAAUUCAAUCAAUAAAAAUGAAAGUUAAAGUGAUAAACAGAAAUCCCGAUGAUUAUUUACGAGAAACAAAGCGGAAUAUUCACAAAGUACCAAGGAAUUUUGAUCCCAGUUUGCAUCCUUUUGAAGCAGCACGAGAAUACGUACGAGCAUUAAAUGCUGUCAAAUUAGAACGGGUUUUUGCUAAGCCUUUUGUUGCCAGUUUAGAUGGUCAUCGUGAUGGCAUAUCAUGCAUGGGAAAACAUCCCCAGAUGCUCUCUUUCCUUAUUAGUGGGGCUUACGAUGGAGAGAUACGAAUGUGGGAUGUGCCCCAACAGAUGUGUUUGAAAGAUUUUGUUGCUCAUAAUGGUGUUGUAAGGGGUAUUACAUUUACCAACACUGGUAAUAAUUUCAUAACUAUUGGUGAUGAUAAACUCAUAAAAACUUGGAAAACUGAUAACAGUUGGGAUGAAAAAGAUGACAUUCCUAUAAAGACCAUCCCUAAUAAAACGGUGUUGACAAGUAUCACCCAUCACUACAAGCAAUCGAUUUUUGCAACAUGUGGGGAAAUAUGUCAAUUAUGGGAAGACACAAGAAAUGAAUCUAUAAAGAAAUUUAAAUGGGGUGUUAGCAGUUUACAUGAUGUUAAAUUUAAUCCAAUCGAAACACAUGUACUUUCUGCCUGCUGUAGUGACUCAAGUAUAAUUUUGUAUGACAUUCGGGAUGUAGGGCCUGUACAUAAAGUUGUAAUGAAAAUGAAAACAAAUUCUGUAGCAUGGAAUCCAUUAGAAGCUUUUGUAUUUACUGCAGCAAAUGAAGACUACAAUUUAUAUUCGUUUGAUACACGAAAUCUACGUCGACCCAUAAAUGUUCAUAUGGAUCAUGUGUCAGCAGUGAUAGAUUUAGAUUAUUCACCAACUGGUAAAGAGUUUGUUAGCGGGAGUUAUGAUAAAACUAUAAGAAUAUUUGAAACCAGCAAAGGCCACUCUAGAGAUGUGUAUCAUACAAAGAGAAUGCAGAGACUGACCUGCAUUAAGUGGUCACUUGACAAUAAAUAUAUUUUAAGUAGUUCUGAUGAAAUGAACAUUCGAAUUUGGAAGACAAAAGCAUCAGAAAAACUUGGAGUGUUGAAACCUCGUGAAAGAGUUGCUCUCAAUUAUUCAGAAGUUUUAAAAGAAAAAUAUGCUAGCCAUCCUCAAAUUAAGCGCAUAGCACGUCAUCGUCAAGUUCCAAAACACGUCUACAAUGCUCAGCGGGAACUCAGAAUGAUGAAAGACAAAAUUAAGAGAAAGGAUGCCAAUCGCAGAGCUCACUCUAAGAAGGGCCAGGUUCCAUUUGAGGCAGAAAGGAAGAAGAGCGUUAUUAGCGUACAAACGUAAAAAGGUUUGUUACGUAAUCAUAAAUAUUAUUUAAUUUAAGAACAAAAAUUUUAUAAAAAGGAAGCAUUUAUUUAUAUAAUUCUAUAAACUUCCACACAGGCAAACUAAAGAAUUGAAAAAGGUACAAUACAAAUAUUUACAAUAAUAAUCUAAUUGUACACUGUUAAGUUAAUAAUAUGGUCGCCGAGGAUUGUUCUGCAAAUAAUAAUCAAUUUAAACUACUAA